GCCAGUUUCCCUUCUCUCUAUUCUGAGAAAGAUUUGCAAGAGGAAAAACUUUUGUUGUGCGUCUGGUUUUUUCAUAGAUUUACUUCUAAGCCAUCCAUUGCAAUCUGUUUUGAUCUUUCAGCAGUGUCUCAGAUUUCGAUCAGGCAGUGCUAUUGAAAUGGAGCUGUUGAGGAAAUUAGGCGGCCAGGAUGAAAGAUGCAAACACUCAGAAACAAUUUUGAAGCGUUGGACAGCCUAGCAGCUGACGUAAAAACAGAAGUAGAAGAUGCAGAAUUGCGAACAGGAAAGAAACGGAAACACGAAGUUGAAAAUUGGCUGAGAAAUGAAUAAAGGAUGAAAAAUGGAGUCCAAAACUUAGAGCAAGAAGUACGAGAAAGGAAAAUUUCUUUGCUCUUGUUGGGAAAUCGGGUUGAUAAAUUGAAUGCAGAAAUUGCGCAACUCCGUGAGCAAGGUAGUUUUCAAGGGAAGCUUCUACUUGACGUGUGUGCAACCCAAGGAGAAUCUCUGUUGUCAACAGAAUUAACAGGCCAAACAGUACAGCAAAAUCUGGAGAAAAUUUGGGCAUGCUUAAUGGAUGACUCUGAAGAAUUACGCAUUGGGAUUUGUGGAAUGGGGGGAGUCGGCAAAACAACCCAGGCUGUGAACAUCCAUAAUAAACUUAUAGAAAAAUGAUGAUGUGUUCUCUUUUUGGAAGUGUGUUCAUUUGCAAGAAGGGGGAAAUGUGUUCUCUUUUUGGAUGAUGUGUGGGAUAAAAUUGAUCUACAUAGGGUCAGAAUUCCUAAUUGAUGUAAGUUGAUCAUCACUGCUCGCUCAUUCAAUAUAUGCCGCAAGAUGGGUUGCAAAGUGUUCAAAGUGGAACCACUUUGUGAAGAAGAAGCUGGGAACUUAUUUUGGGCGAAACUUUGUAAUGAGGAGGACACGACACUUUCUCCAGAAGUAAUAGAGAUUGCAAAGUUUGUGGCAGCCAAAUGUGAUGGUUUGCCACUCGCGAUUAUUACCAUGGCUGGAAGCAUGAGAGGGGUAGACGACAUUCGUGAGUAGAGGAAUGUGUUUGAACAACUGAAGGAACAUACAAUGGGGCAUGAAGAUAUGGAAAAGAAUGUAUUACCGUCAUUGAAACUUAGUUAUAGUCGCUUGAAUGGCACAAAAUUGAAGGAUUGUUUCUUAUAUUGCGCCUUGUAUCCUGAAGAUUGUAAAAUACCAAGAGAUGAAUUAAUAAGAUAUUUCAUUGCUGAGGGACUGAUUGACAGAAGUAAGAGUUCGAUAAGACAGUUUGACGAGGGUCACACUAUCUUGAAUAAACUUGAAAGGUCCUGCUUAUUGGAACAUUGUAACAAUGAUGAUGGGGAUGCAUAUGUGAAGAUGCAUGAUUUGAUUAGGGACAUGGCACUAAAGAUAACAGAAAAUCGAUUCAUGGUAAAAGCUGGUGUUGGAUUGAAGGAAAUUCCACAUCUGCAGGAAUGUGCUGGAAAUCUGGAAAAGGUUUCCUUGAUGAAGAAUAACAUACAAGAAAUUCCAUGUGGCUGGUCCCGUGGGUGUCCUAGUCUUUCAACAUUGAUUUUGAAAGACAAUAGGUUGAAGAGUAUUGCAGCAUCAUUCUUCAAGCAUAUGCAUGCCCUUCAGGUUCUUGAUUUGUCCGGCAAUUCUGGAAUUAGAGUGUUGCCAAAUUCCAUAUCAGACUUGGUGAAACUCACUGCAUUGUUGCUUGCGCAUUGUACUUCACUCACAUAUGUGCCUCCGCUGGGAAAGCUUAGAGCGUUAGAAGAAUUGGACCUCAGUUUUACAAGAAUUAAUAGAGUACCUCAACGUGUGGACAUGCUGGUCAAUCUAAAGAAUCUGAAUAUGAAUGGUACACAUAUACUGGGGAAUAUACCAAGCAGGACAUUUACCAGACUCUCCCAUCUCCAACUCCUUAGACUUGAAUGUACACCUGUACAAAUACGAGCAGCAGAGGAAUUGGAAGGGUUGACAAAGCUGGAAGAAAUUGAUGUCUAUCUGAAAGAUGUUCAUUCUUUCAACGUAUUCCUCAAAUUUCUACAACACCGUGAGGUGCCAUUGGGCAAGUAUAUUCUUCAGUUUGGAGGUGGUUCUCUUUUUGAAUAUAGAAGUUAGAGCAAACUCAUAUCAUGGUGUGGGAAAGGUAUACCAUACAUUAUCAAGGGAGAAGAAGUCAGUUUUCUGCCAUACGAUCUUGAGGCCUUAAGGAUUCGGAAUCAACUGAUUACCAGCUACUGUUUUUGUGAUGUUUUUGUUAGGACUGUGGGAUGCCAGAAAUCAAUUCCGCACAAUAACACAAGAAUAUUUACGUGGUUCGGCAAUUGCCUACAUCUACGGAGAGAUAUCCACUAUAGAAUUAUCCCAGAGGGAGAUUACAGAACUCACACCUCACAACUCUCUAUAGAACUCUCACUCACAGAUUAUACCCUAUGUGUAUUCUCAGCUCAGUGUGUCACUCCCAUAUAUCUCUCUACAACCCCUCCUCACUCAUGUCAAUUUAUAACCGAGUAAAGAGGAGUAGGUGAAGUGACAACCAUGAGUGGGCUUGGUUGUGCCACCCUCACCAUCUACCUUUGGUGAGUUGGUAUUGCCCCACUAGCUUCCUUUACCUCAUGGUGCCACCCAUACCAUGUGGAUGGUGGGCUCCUUACCAUGUGGGUAGUGGAUGGAGCCAACAAUUCUCCCCCGCCACGCCCACAUGGACAAUUGACUUCUCACUUGAAGUCCAUUCCGGUCAGAUGCUUGCAAACUUCCAGUUUGUCUCUGGUGACACCCUUGGUCAUCAUGUCAGAAGGAUUCUUGCCUGUGUGAAUCUUCACUAGCUUCAUCAGCUGCUUUUCCAUCACUUCUCGUAUCCAAUGAUACCGAACAUCAAUGUGUUUUGUACGUGAAUGGUACAUGGAAUUCUUGCUCAAAUCAAUUGCACUUUGACUAUCACAAUGUACCUUAUACUCUUCUUGCUGUAGACCCAAUUCUUGGAGAAACCGCUUUAAGCACAACAUUUCCUUUCCAGCAUCUACGGCAGCAAUGUACUCUACCUCUGUUGUAGAUAAAGUAACACACUUUUGUAAUUUGGACUGCCAUGAAAUAGCUCCCCCUGCAAAGGUGAACAUAAAUCCUAAUGUAGACUUUCUACCAUCAAGAUCACCAGCCAUAUCGGCAUCUGUAAAACCCUCCAAAACUGGUUUAGCUCCCCCGAAACAUAAACACAUCUUUGAAGUUCCCUUCAAGUACCGAAGAAUCCAUUUGACGACCUCCCAAUGCUCAUUUCCUGGAUUGACGAGGAAUCUGCUCACAACACCAACUGCGUGAGGUAUAUCUGGUCGGGUACACACCAUUGCAUACA